CACAACACACACAAUACCCAUAGUAGAUGCUGAGAAAGAAAGAAAGAAAGAAAGAAAAAGGGACUAGAGAUCGGGGACCGUGGGAAAAGAAGAAGAAAGAAAGGGAUGAGAGGAGAGGGGAGCUGCGUGGAAGGGAGUAGGGGGAAGAGAGGGAGACGGCGCCGGUGGGCACCACUGCCACCGUCGCCGCCGCUGCGCCGCCAAGAGGGAGAUCCGAGAGAGAGAGCGCAGAGUUGAGGAAGCAGAGAAGCCGCGCCGCCGCUGCACCACGCCUCGUCACCACCGCCGUGGCCGCGCUCCACGCCAUCGCCGCGCUCCACAUCGUCGCCGCCACUGCUCCGUCACGGGAGAAGGACGCGCGAAGGAAAGAGAGAAGGAUCCGAGGCUGAACUGAGGUCCAACCACCGCGCCUAGUCGCUGUUCACGUCGCCAGCGUCGCCUUCGUCGGAACCGUCGCCGUCGCGACCAGCUUCCAUCUCCGUCGAGGAUGGUUGUGGAUGAGAGGGGAUGAAGCUGCCUCUGCCACCGGAGAACACACUGCCGGUCGCCGCUGCCGCUUGAGGUGGCUGCCGUGGCUGCCGCCGAACCGGUUCGGAGACUGUCCCUGUUUCAGUUCAGCCAUUCUUCCUCUGUCUUGGGUUGUGUAUCGAUGCAGUAUUAGCGAUGUUAAUGGUUUUAGGAGUUAGAAACCGAGUUUGCAUGUGGCGUUUGAGGCUGUUUCUGCCUCUGAGAAAGCAAGCGAAGCUGAGGUUUGUGGUUGCCGUUGGUUUCGGGCAGAGAGAAAAGAGUUCAGUUGAUGUGUUUAAGUUAUGGUUUCGACGAGUCAGAGUCCAGAGUACUGGCAGCUGUUUCCUUAGCCGUUCAUUGUCUUCAGUCACACUCCACACGUCAAGCCGCAUACACACUAUUCAUUCUUUCCUUCUUCCUUUCUGCCCCCAUUCUUAUAUAAGCGUUGAUGUUUCUCUCAUAUACCAAACAGAAAACAUUAAAACACCACUCUCACAAUCGAUGGAGAGCGACACGCUUCUUCCUCACACCACCGUUUCUUGGACCGAACACAGCAAUGACAUUGGAAUUUCCAUGAAUGCCCCUCUCACUUCCUUCAAAUCCAUAUUCCAACCUCCUCCAAUUACCAUAAACCCCUUCCCGUUCCCACAACAACAUACCGUACCCACUCUCACUACUACUGCUGAUCAUGACAACUUUCUCACACACCAAAACAUGGACUCCUUCGCUCCGGAACACUCUUUCUUUACUCCCAAAGCCUCUUUCUUCAACAACAAUCCUUUUGAUAAUGCCUUCGAUUUGGGACCAGACACCGAUUUCUUCUUCUCCGGGAACCAUUCUUCUCAAACUGGCUCGCCUAACAUGAGUUUCGGUACCGAAUUCCCGCCGGCGACUCGGCUGCUCCCAGCGGGGGCCACCGACGAUGAUCCCAUGGCGCUGGGUGCUGGAUUUGAUGCCUCCGCUGCAUUUGAAAUGGAAGCAGUUGGUGGCUCUGGCAACGCUCUGGUUUCGAGCAGGGGAAAGGGAUUGGAAGCUUUGGAAGUGAGUAAUUUGAAGAGGGUGCCGGAAGUUGAAGAAGCUAGCAAUGAGGAUUCAAUGUGGAAUUCUGAAGAGGAUGAUGAGAGAACUGAUGAGGUGGUGGUCGAGGAGAGUGGGAAGAAGAAGAAGAAGAAGGGGAUGCCGUCCAAAAAUCUUAUGGCGGAGAGGCGGCGAAGGAAGAAGCUCAAUGAUAGGUUGUACAUGCUUAGGUCUGUUGUGCCAAAUAUUAGCAAGAUGGACAGAGUUUCGAUACUUGGAGAUGCAAUUGACUACAUGAAGGAGUUACAGCAGUGGGUCAAUGAUCUUCAAAAUGAACUGGAGUCAACUCCAACUAGCCGUUCGCCAUCAUCUUCCACCAGCAUUCAACCUUUGACACCCACACUGCAAACCCUUCCUUGCCGGGUGAAGGAAGAACUGUGUCCAAUGCCAAUCCCAGGAAACCAAACAGCAAAGGUGGAAGUUAAGGUAAGGGACGGCAAAGCUGUCAACAUUCACAUGUUUUGUAGCCGCCGACCAGGUCUUCUGGUCUCUACAAUGCAGGCUCUGGAUAACCUCGGAUUAGAUGUUCAGCAAGCUGUUAUUAGCUGCUUCAAUGGUUUUGCUUUAGACAUCUUCAAAGCUGAGCAAUGCAGAGAAGGGCAGGAUGUGCUUCCUGAGGAAAUCAAAGCAGUUCUGCUGGAUUUAGCAGGUAUCCAUGAUAUGAUGUGAUUCAAGUUCUUAAUUGGUAAAUGGAAUUAGAGAAAUGCUAAGAGUGAUUGCUGUUGUAACUUGCAAGCAGGAUCCAAAUAAAGCAUUACUAGGAAGAUCAAACAGCAGAUUAGCUUAAUUUGAAGUUUGAAGAGUUGUCUUGUGAUAUCUUGUCAUGACUUUUAGCAAAGCAAAUGAUGUCACAUUAUUUUUUUAAGUCAUGGAUUAUAUCUUGUUUGUUUUAUUUGCGGGCAAUUUACCAAUUUAAAAAAAUUUGGAGAAUCUUUUACCAGAUUACAACAAUUGGAAGUUGCAUACCUUUA